AUGCUGCGGGUGCUGGAGAGGAACAUGAAGCUUCUGUUCGCCGCCGCCCUGAUCGCGGGCUCCGUCAUCUUCCUGCUCUUCCCUAGUGCGUCCCAGGCCGAUGAGAAGAAGAAGGGACCCAAGGUUACCGUCAAGGUGUACUUUGAUGUUAAGAUUGGAGAUGAUGAAAUCGGAAGAGUAGUCAUUGGCCUCUUUGGUAAAACUGUGCCCAAGACUGUUGAUAACUUUGUUGCAUUGGCAACUGGAGAGAAAGGAUUUGGUUACAAGGGCAGCAAAUUCCACCGUGUGAUCAAAGACUUCAUGAUUCAGGGCGGAGAUUUCACUAGAGGAGAUGGUACAGGAGGUAAAAGCAUCUAUGGGGACAGGUUCCCCGAUGAAAACUUCAAGCUCAGGCACUAUGCUGCUUACUGGGUGAGCAUGGCAAAUGCUGGCAAGGACACAAAUGGAUCGCAGUUUUUCAUCACCACAGUUAAGACGUCUUGGCUGGAUGGAAAGCAUGUGGUGUUUGGUAAAGUGCUAGAAGGAGAGGAGGUGGUCAGAAAAAUUGAAUCCACAAAGACAGAUUCCCGAGACAAGCCUCUCAAAGAUGUAAUCAUUGCAGAUUGUGGAAUAAUUGAGGUAGAAAAGCCAUUUGGAAUUGCCAAAGAGUAA